AUGAGUGCCCAUUCAGAGGUGCCCCGAGGGGAGUCGUGGGCUUCAAUUCCAACAGAUUUAAUUCUCGCCGAGUUGAAGCGUCGCAAAGAUGAUGGCGAGAAACCAGAAUGCGGUUCGAGGACGAAGGGCUCUUACGAUACGUCGGCGCAUGUAUUUGCAUUGAUUCUUAUUUUGACCCUCAGCACGUUGGCAUGCGCAUUCCCUCUUUUCUCGCGUCGAACAAUGCGUGGCCGAGGCCAGAAAACCGUGAUAUUCUACUGCCAGCACAUUGGAACCGGUGUCCUUCUGGCAACGGCCUUCGUCCACCUCCUCCCGACCGCUUUCGAGUCCAUGACCGACCCAUGCCUCCCCGAUUUCUUUAGCAAAGGAUAUACACCGUUUCCAGGUUUUGUGGCUAUGGUUUCUGCUAUCAUUGUCGUCGGCAUCGAAUCGUACCUUACUGCCCGAGGAGCUGGCCACUCUCAUUCCCACAAUCAUGGGUACUUUGACUCGGACGAUGAACACGAGAGCGAGCUGCCCAUGAUGGAUGCAGCUGGACUGUCUGAAAGGAGGCACGGACCGCGACCACCGGAUAUUCGUCUUGAGAACAUGGAGAGUCAGGGGCUUGUUGCUGGCGUGUCGCCUCUCCCUGGAUCUUCACCUCUGGUGGGACAGGAGGGCAAGAAGCUUAACGAUGAUUUCAACGAUGACGACUCGGAUCUUGAUUUGGAUAUGGAAGAGCUUGAGCCAGCUGGAUCAAGCAGCACGAGACAUCGACAUGGACCUUAUGCGUCGCUCAAGCCUGAGGGAGCAGGGGCUGAGGAGGAGCCUAUGACACCCAUGACGCCCAUGUCUCCCGGACCACAGAACCCCGAGGAGCAACAAAGAAAGCUACUGCAGUGCCUUUUGCUUGAGGCUGGUAUUCUCUUUCACAGUGUCUUCAUCGGUAUGGCCAUCUCCGUCGCUACCGGUCCCGCCUUUGUAGUCUUUCUUGUCGCUAUCAGCUUCCACCAAACCUUCGAAGGUCUCGCCCUUGGCAGUCGCAUCGCCGCAAUUCAGUUCCCCCGCAAAUCUCUCCGUCCAUGGCUCAUGGUUCUCGCCUACGGAACCACAACACCAAUCGGCCAAGCAAUCGGUCUUAUCGUGCAUCGCAUGUACGACCCCAAGAGCGCAGGAGGUCUACUCGUGGUUGGCUUCAUGAACGCCGUGUCAUCGGGACUGCUGCUGUAUGCUGGUCUUGUGCAACUGUUGGCCGAGGACUUCUUGACAGAGAAGAGUUACAAGAUUCUGAAGGGUAAGAGGAGGUUACGGGCCUAUAUGGCUGUUUGUGCCGGUGCGCUCUUGAUGGCUGCCGUUGGAGCAUUUGCCUAG